AUGCUACAAUUCGAAGGGACUUUGGCUCAGGUGAAGUUCUAUCAGAACAAUAGUGGUUAUAUCUUCAUGAAGUUGAACGAUGGAACAAUGAUUGAUGGUGUGAUUUGUUCAUUUUUCAUUGGGUUUUUAAUUGACAUACAUCGUUUUCUUCUUCUUGUUUUAGUUUCGGGAGCAACAGGCACCAAACGACAUCAUCAUCGUCAUUCAUCAAAAUCGAACAAAACAGCAGCAGGCACGAUUAAUAAUGAAAAUGAAACUCAGUCAUCGAGCAGUUCAAGCAAAAAGAAAUCGAGUAGUGACAAGACUGGUGCAAUGGGACUCGGUGCUACCAAUUCGCACGACAUUAUCGAACACGAUAUUAGUAAUUUAGCAAAUUUAAAUCAGUUACCAGCAUCAGGUUCAUUCGAAUCACUGAAAUUGAGCAGUGAGAGGCUAAGAACAAUAAUUGCCGCACUCCAUUGUAAUAUACUUAUACGGAAGGACGAUCUCGUGCGUAAUUUGGAUUAUGCUGCCAAUGUUCUUGAAGCUGUCUAUCAAGACGAAACAAAACGACUGAUGGAAGAAGAUGAUGAUGCUUUGUCAGAAAUUGAACCGGAUUCCGUACCGAAUGAGGUUCGAGAUUGGCUAGCGAUGACAUUCACUCGAUCGAUGUCAACAAUCAAACAAAAGCCAACCGAAAAGAAGAAAUUCAAGAGUGUUGCUCAAGCAAUCCGUGCUGGUAUCAUGGUCGACAGGCUCUUUCGAAGAAAUACUCUGGCUAUAAGCGCGGUCUUUCACCAAACAAUUAACGAAUGGACAUUUGAUGUAUUUUCUGUGAAUGAAUUUACCAAUGGCCAAUGCCUACGUUACAUUGGCUUCGAGCUUAUGCAACGCUACAACCUACCGAAUAAACUUCGAAUUCCAGUCACAGCGUUACAAAACUUUCUGGAACAAAUGGAAAGUGGCUAUAGCAAAUAUCAUAAUCCAUAUCAUAACUUGAUUCAUGCAGCUGAUGUCUUACAAACAAUCUACCAAAUCGUUUACAAUUCUGGUCUCAUGGUAGAGAAUUGGCUGACCGAUCAUGAACUAUUUGCGAUGUUCAUUGCAGCGAUAGUGCAUGAUUUCGAACAUACGGGAACAUCGAAUAAUUUUCAUAUUCAAUCCAGAUCCGACGUCGCUCUAACGUACAAUGAUCGAGCCGUACUUGAAAAUCAUCAUGUUAGUGCUGCAUUCAGAUUGAUGCGAAUUGAUGACUACAAUAUCAUCGCGGAAUUUACAGCGGAUGAAUAUAAGAAUUUUCGGCAUCUGGUUAUUGAGAUGGUGCUUGCUACAGAUAUGAGUAGUCAUUUUACCCAACUGAAAACCAUGAGAAGUUUGCUGAGCAUGCCGGAGAAUAUUGAAAAAGCGAAAGCAUUGGCACUAAUUCUUCACUGUGCUGAUAUCAGUCAUCCGGGCAAACCGUGGAAUAUCCAUCACAUAUGGACACAAUCUUUAAUAGAAGAAUUUUUUACUCAAGGUGAAAAAGAGAAACAACUCGGUCUACCUUGUUCGCCACUAUGUGAUCGCGAAAACACUUUAGUCGCUGAAUCACAAAUUGGUUUCAUUCAGUACAUUGUUGAACCCUCAUUUGUUGUCAUGGGUGAUAUGUUAGAUAAGGUUUUGAAAUCUCUUGUAAGUGAUUCUCAACUUCCGUCACCCUCCAUACCAUCACGAAGUCAAGUAACAUCACCAACACCAUCAGCAAUAUCAUCAGCCGAGUCCAAUGCUCACGGAGAAGAAUCCAACGGAGCUGAAAGAGUACUACCAUCGUCUAUGACAACACCCGUGCCACGACCUACUGUUGUUCGAAGACCAUGGUCGGACUAUUUGAAAAGCAAUCGAGAACGAUGGAUAAAAGAAAAGAAGAACGGCGCCGCAAAGAACUAA